AUAAUACCUUUCUAUGGUUGGCUUUCUCUCUCCCUUCCUCCCUCUUUCUCUCUCUUAGGGUUUAUCAGGGUUUAAGGCAAGCUCGCGAUUUCCAGUCAUAUCCCACUGGAAUUUCUCCUUCCCACCUUGCAGUUGUAGGAAUGGGAGCAGACAAAGGGAAGAAGCAGAAGGUGGGAGAGGCGGAGGAAGGGAGCAACGGAACUGAACACAUUGAUGGAGAGCUCGUCCUCUCAAUCGAAAAGCUCCAGGAAAUUCAGGAUGAGCUUGAAAAGGUCAAUGAAGAAGCAAGUGAAAAGGUAUUGGAAGUGGAACAGAAAUACAAUGAGAUUCGUAAGCCUGUUUAUGACAAGAGAAACGAAGUCAUCAAAUCGAUUCCUGAUUUCUGGUUGACUGCUUUUAUGAGUCAUCCUGCUCUCAGCGAACUUUUGACUGAAGAAGAUCAAAAGAUUUUCAAGUACCUAAGCAACCUCGAAGUAGAAGAUUGCAAGGAUGUGAAAUCCGGUUAUUCCAUCACUUUUCACUUCAAGCCCAAUCCUUUCUUUGAGGAUACUAAGCUCACAAAGACCUUUAGCUUCCUCGAGGAAGGAACUACCAAAAUCACUGCAACACCUAUUAAGUGGAAAGAAGGCAUGGGCAUCCCUAAUGGCGUUGCUGAAGAGAAAAAUGGAAAUAAGCGAUCCCAUGCUGAAGAAAGCAGCUUCUUUUCCUGGUUUAAUGACUCCCAUCAUGCUGGUGAUAUUGAAGAUAUUCAGGAUGAGGUUGCUGAAAUCAUCAAGGAUGAUUUGUGGCCAAAUCCUCUGACAUACUUUAACAACGAAGCUGAUGAAGAAGAUUUUGAAAUGGAUGAUGAUGAUGAGGACAAGGACAGCGAUGGGUCCGAAGAUGACAAGGACGAGCAGGAUGAUGAUGAGGAUUAGGGUGGAGAAUCUUCUGAAGUUGUUCGUUUUGAGUUCAAUAUCGUAUGGUUUGUGGAACCGUAUCUGUAAACAAGUCUAGAGACUUCCGGAUUAGACUUGAUAACCAUCGACGAUAUUUUAUUACCUUCUUUAUCUCUCGUUUACUUGAGUCGUCCGUCGUCUAUCCGUUGCUGAUCCGACCAUUGUGCGACAACGUUGUCGAGUCUUUGGACUUUUCUUCCAAGGCCUUUGAGAUAUAACGUUAAAUUUAUUAUCC